AUGGCUGAUCCUAACUACUACUCUAUGUACAAGGGGAUGUAUGUGCCCAAGUUAAUCUACUUUCCAGAGGGGCUGAAGUACUGGGAGGAGUUCACAUUUCGACCUGAUGAUGUAAUUGUUGUGACAUUUCCAAAAUCAGGUACGAACUGGGCUCUGGAAUUGGUGCCCCUGGUUCUGUCUGGAGGAGAGCACAGCAAAGAGCCCACCUGGGAGCGCAGUUUUGCAAUGGGACACAGAACGGCUCUCUACAUGGACCUAGACGCCCAGCCCUCUCCGCGGAUGUUCGUCACACACUUCCGCUACGACGCCAUGCCUGAGUCCUUCUAUCGGGUCAAGCCCAAAGUCAUCAACGUUAUGAGGAAUCCCAAAGAUGUCUUGAUAUCAACGUUUCACUACCAUAAAAUUACAGAGUUCCAUCCAACACCAGACUCACUGACGGGGCUUCAACACAAAUUUCUCGAAGGACACAUUGCGUUUGGUUCCUGGUUUGAUCAUGUGAAGAGCUGGCUGAAUGCAGAGGACAAGUCACACGUCCUGUACCUGACCUACGAGGAGAUGGCACAGGAUCUGCCGCAAGUGGUGAGGAGAGUUGGUGAGUUCUUUGAGAAGCGUCCGGACGAUGAGGCUGUGGAAAAGAUCGCAGACAUGUGUUGUUUUGAGAGCAUGAAGAAAAACAACACAAGGAAAAACCUCAUGAAGAAAGACCGGACAAACUGCAGUGGCACGCCCAAACUGCCUGUUUUUGACCAUUUCACGUUUUACAGGAAAGGAAUCACCGGAGACUGGAGGAACCAUCUCUCUGAGGAGCAGGCCCAGCACUUUGAUUCUGUCUAUGAAGAGAAAAUGAAAGAUGUGGAUUUCAAAUUCAAUUGGGAUUAA